CUAAUGUGCUGUCAUCAGUUUCUUUGCAUAGAGUAAGAGGAGGAGACGGAGAGGGGAGAAGUGAAAGGGAGUGGGAGCGUUACGCCGACGGCGCACGAUAUUUAUUCUCAUGAGCUAUGGCGGACCUAAAAGGAAUCUUAUCGUUCUUCCGGUCCUCACUGUCUACUCUCUUAGCAGAUCGGCUCGAUUUGAAAUCUAAAAAGAAGAAGAGGAGAGGGAUUUACACUAGUAAGAUGCUCUGGAUAAUGCGAUUCUCUGGAUUCUUUUCAGCAGCCGUGGUGAUGAUCAUUCUCUCACCUCCACUCCAGUCGUUUCCUCCAGCUGAAGCCAUUAGAUCCUCUCACCUAGACAGCUACCUCCGAUUCCCGUCAUAUCAGGUGUCUACGUCGCCACACUCAUCGAAGGGUCGGAUUUCUUUUCGAAAAGCUACCGGAUUUAGUAAUGCCGACGAAUGUGGCUCCACCGAUAACAAAAUCAGAGGCGUCUGCGAUCCUUCUUUAGUCCACGUGGCUAUUACUCUCGAUGUGAUCUAUCUCCGUGGGUCAAUCGCCGCCGUCCACUCCAUUCUCCAGCAUUCGUUGUGCCCGGAGAACAUUUUCUUCCAUUUCCUAAUAUCGGAGCCCAGUCUAGAAACACUUGUCCGGUCCACGUUCCCUGAGUUGAAGUUCAAGGUUUAUUAUUUCGAUCCCGAGACCGUACGGAACCUGAUAUCGUCUUCCGUUAGGCAAGCGCUUGAACAGCCGUUAAAUUAUGCUAGGAAUUACUUAGCUGAUCUCCUAGAGCCGUGCGUACGGAGAGUGAUUUAUUUGGACUCUGAUCUAGUUGUCGUUGACGAUAUCUCUAAGCUGUGGAGCACCAACCUGGGCUCACGUACAAUCGGGGCACCGGAAUAUUGCUACGCCAAUUUCACGAAAUAUUUCACGGGCGGUUUCUGGUCGGACCAGCGGUUUUCGGGGACUUUCAGAGGGAGGAAGCCCUGUUAUUUCAACACGGGGGUGAUGGUAAUAGAUCUGGUGAAGUGGAGGCGGGUCGGGUACACGAAACGGAUAGAAAGAUGGAUGGAGAUCCAGAAACAUAACCGGAUCUACGAGCUCGGUUCGUUACCGCCGUUCUUGUUGGUUUUCGCGGGAAGCGUGGCGGCCAUCGAACAUAGAUGGAACCAACACGGUUUGGGUGGGGACAAUGUGAAGGGAAGUUGUCGAGACUUGCAUCCCGGUCCGGUUAGCCUCUUGCAUUGGUCCGGUAGCGGUAAGCCGUGGCUUAGGCUGGACUCCAAUCGGCCGUGUCCACUGGACGCAUUAUGGGCGCCUUAUGACUUGUACGGACAAUCGCGUUGAAAUCACAGUAGGGAUGCAGUCGCCGGUGGGGAGUGCGAUGAGCAAGGACGUGGAAUCCAAUUGCCGGUCAAAGGCAGAUGCGGUGCCGGCUGCGGGGAUUAAAAAAAGAGUUUCGGAAUAACCGCUGGCUGUAAAUUUAUGUUUGUCGGUGGCGGCGGAGGAAGACUUGCGUGAACUACCUCCUCACAUGGUUCCUCUCGGGACUAGGUGUCAAGCCAGGCAAUCACAUAUUCUCCCCUUUGUAACUUGUUUAUUGUUUUUAUACUGCCAAUAACGUGACACAUACAAUUAUACAUACAUUUUGAUUUAUAAUGUUCCUUUUCUACCCACCAAAUAAUCUAUUUGUAUGUAAUGGUGGCAUCGUGAUCGAGUCAGGGACCCAGAUGUCAUUGUAGCGUAGAGAAUAUGUUCAAACUAUGAAUGGGACCCGAUUCUUUUUUGCCCAAGCAUCA